UUUUUUUUAUUACUAUUAAUAAAAACUAUUUUUAAUAGUUAAAACUUUUAAUAUGCUCAGAUCAAAUUCGAUAAUAUUAAGAACAUUAGAUAGAUUGUUUUUGCAUAAAAACGUUUUAGGUGUGCAACAAAAACGAACAGCCACCAAUUUCCAGGAUGAGGAUUUUACCUUGGAAUUCCUUGAAAAUGAUAGAAAAGGAAUAGCUGUGGGUACUCUGACCAGGUUCAAAACAAAAAAUGCAAUCAGCAAAAGCCUUGUCAAACAGUUCAAAGAUGCACUUGAGAUCUGUAAAAAUGAAAAAAAGUUGUCAGUUCUGGUCUUAAGAAGUUCUGUACCGGGUGUCUUUUGUGCCGGUGCCGACUUGAAAGAGAGAUUGGCCAUGGACGAAUCAGACAUUGGACCAUUUGUAGCAUCACUGAGGCAGCUAACAGUGGAUAUAUCUGACCUGCCCAUCCCAUCAAUUGCUGCUGUAGAUGGCGUGGCACUUGGGGGAGGCUUAGAGUUUGCUCUCAGCUGUGAUCUCAUCAUUGCCUCUGACAGUGCUAAACUUGGAUUGAUAGAGACCAAGUUGGCUAUAAUACCUGGAGCUGGUGGAACCCAGCGACUACCUCGGCUGAUCGGAUUGUCAGCCGCCAAAGAAUUAAUAUUCACUGGCCGAGUUAUAGAUGGCCUGGAGGCCCACAAAAUAGGCGUGGCCAAUUAUGUCGUACCCCAGAACACUGAAAAAAAUGCAGCUUAUUUGAAGUCUUUGGAAGUUGCUGACAUGAUAAAUUCUAACGGACCAAUAGCUAUCAGGAUGGCAAAAAUGGCAGUUGAUAAAGGAUACGGAGUUGACCUUAAAUCUGGCCUCGCCUAUGAGCAAGCCUUUUAUGCCCAGGUCAUUCCAACUAAGGAUAGAGUAGAAGCGCUGAAAGCCUUUAAAGAAAAGAGACCACCCAAAUUUAUUGGCGAAUAAUGUACUAACAAGCUGAUUAUUUCAUUUAAAUUAAUUUAUUUUAAUAAUUCGUUUUAAAAUGUUUUUCUUUAUUAUUGCUAACUUAUUCUUUGUUUUAAGUCACUUAUUAUUUUUUUCUGAUUUCAUUUAUCGUUUUUUUUGUGUUAUUGGCUUAUGAAUUCAUUCAUUUCUUGACCUUAAUCAUGAUUUAGUGACUUACUGAAUGUUUGCCUUUAUUGCUAGUGUGAUUGAUAUAUAUAAUUGAUUAAUCAUUCUUACAUUGAUUCACUCAUUUACCCAUUCAUUCAUUUAUUCAUUCAUUCACUCAUUCACUCAUUUAUCCAUUCAUUCAUUCACUCAUUUAUCCAUUCGUUGGCUGGUCGCCGGUUGGUUGCAUGAUUGAAAACCACCGGUAUUGAGUUUUUUUGUGUGUUAUAAUGAAAUAUUUUAUUUCAACAUUUAUAAAAUAAUUACCACGUGUGAAUUAGAACCAAAAAAUAUUGUCCAGAAUAACAAUUAUAAAAAACUAUGUUUACUUAUUUUUUUAUUGAACUGCAAAAAUAUCUCGAAAAAUAUAAAAAUUGAAAUUUCGAAAUAAUCAAUAAUGCAUAAA